AUGGCUCGCGUCAUCCAUACCCCCAGGGACAAGGGCAAGGCCAAAGUCUCGGAGGAGACUGAGCCAAAGGUCACCAAAGCCAGUGACGAAGUCUUUCUCCUGACCCUUCUCGGCAACGUGAAGGUUGACCACGAGGCUGCUGCCAAAGCCCUUGGCAUCACUAAGGCCGCAUGCCGCAUGCGAUAUAUUCGCUUGCAACAGAAGCACGGCCUGAAGAUGAAGGGCAUCAAGGGUACUCCCCGAACAAAAAGAUCUGUCCUGACCAACAAGGACGCAGUAACCGAGCAGGAGUCAACUCCUGUUGAAGAGCCUGGUGUCGCCGAGGACGAUACCGAUGUUGACGGGGAGACCGUGGAGGAAGCCACCGAGAACUGA